AUGGACCAGAUUUGUGUAGAUGUGAAACGUCCAGAUCAAAGUAAAGAUCAGUGCACAGACCAAGAUAAGACAGAUACAGAUAAUGCAGAAGAAAAGCUUAUCAGCCCUCACAAACAGCCCUGGAAACCAUGGAAACACAGUCGAUCACGUAUAAGAGACUGUGUGUUGUGUAUGAAGAAGGCUAUGGUCUCUUUGGCUAGUAUGGAGUGGUAUUGUUACGCCCUUUUAGGGAUGCUUACUGCUCUAAUAAGCUUCUUCAUGGAUUUGACUGUGGCCAAAGUGAUAAAUGCUCACCAAUGGCUGUACGGUUGUCUUAAGGGUCAGCACCUUCUGCAGUUCCUCUGCUGGACGCUGUACCCUGCCUGUCUCUGCGCUCUAUCCACCGGCUUCUCCCACAGCAUCUGCCCAUCCUCAGCAGGUUCUGGUGUUCCUGAGGCGAGAGCUAUUCUCUUAGGAAUGGACAUGCCAGAUUACCUGUCUCUUUCCAAUUUGUUCGCUAAAGUGGUUGGCAUGACCUGUACACUAGCUUCGGGCAGCACAGUGUUUCUCGGCAAAGUGGGUCCCUUUGUCCAUUUAUCCACCAUGGUGGGUGCGUUCAUGAAUCGUCUGCAUGUUUCCUGUCGUGGUGGAAAGCAGGUAGCAGACAUGUACUUCUCGCAGAGAACAUCAAAGGGAGAAAUGCUGGUUGUGGCAGCAGCAGUGGGUGUAGCGAGCUGUUUUGGAGCUCCAAUCAGUGGGGUUUUGUUUAGUAUAGAGGUAAUGGGGUCUCAUUAUUCGGUCAGCAAUUACUGUCCAUGCUUCUUUGCAGCAGGUUGUGGAGCAAUAACCUUUAGACUGCUUUCAGUCUUCAGUAGAGAUCAAGAAACCAUCCAGGCCCUGUUUAAAACCAGCUAUUCUGCAGAGUUGCCUUACCAGCCAUUUGAAAUUUUUCUUUUUGCUUUGCUUGGGCUGAUCUGCGGUUUUAUCUGCUGUAUUUAUUUAUAUUGUCAUCGCUGGGCUCUGCGGUUUGUCAAGACAAACAAACUCAUCAGCAAAUUCCUUGCAACAGAAAAGGCUCUUUAUUCAGCCAUCGUGGCAUUUCUUCUUGCCUGCUUUACAUUUUAUCACUCAGCAGGACAUUUCAUAGCAGCUGAGCUCACAAUGAAGCAGCUGCUCUCUUCCCUGUUAGAUGCCACUUCAUGGCACACCAUUUCCCAAAAUGCAACAGGGCUGCCUGAGCCUCAAAACACAUUUUGGAAAGCAUGGAACCCACCCGACGGGAAUUACUUCAAAACACUGGGAUUUUUUAUUCUUACAAAGAUUGGGCUGUUGGUUGUGGCGUGUACCUUGCCUUUACCUGCUGGCUACUUCAUGCCCGUGUUUAUUUAUGGUGCAGCUGUGGGCCGUUUUGUGGGUGAAGGCUCUGCCUACAUUUUCUCAGCAAAGCUUUUGAUAAACCCUGGGGGCUACGCUUUGGCUGGAGCAGCUGCUUUCUCUGGAGCUGUAACACAGACUCUCUCUCCCGCCUUACUGGCUAUUGAGAUGACCGGCCAGUGCACUCACGCCGUCCCUGCCCUGGUUGCCACGUUGGUGUCCAACGCAGUGGCUCGAGCAAAGCAUCGUCCAUCCUUUUACGAUGGCAUAUCUCUUAUUAAAAAGCUCCCACAUUUGCCAUCCCUCAUUCGUGCUUGUCCAAAGUUGGCUUCAGUUCAGAUCAAGCAGUUUGUGAUCCCAGCAGGAGAGGUGCUGGAGAGAGAUGAGGGACUGACAGGCGUGCAGAAAAUCCUAAACGAUAAUACUGAGGAAGAAAUCCCUGUUGUGAACUCUCACGACUCCCUCACUCUCCUGGGCACAGUCAACAAAUCACAGCUGCGAGACUUUCUGCAAGAGAAUAAAAAUGAGGGGUUAUAUAAACAGAUAGAAGAAGCUUGUACCAUUAAACCAGUUAGACUACAUCUGACUCCAGAAACCACAGUGAAGCAGGCUCAUUGUAUCAUGAGUGUCACGGGCGAGCAGAGUUUGUUUGUCACUGAGAUCGGGCGGCUGUAUGGUGUCCUCACAAGGAAAGAGAUGAAGAAAAUAAUCGAAGAAAUGGCAAAGGAGGUCUAAUGCAUGCACACUGUCAGAAAAAGGUACAAAAUGCGUCACUGGGAUGACACUGUUUAACAAUGAUUGUACCAUUUAGAUACAGCCUAUGUACCUUUGGGGUACAAAUAAGUAUUUUUGAAAUACUAAUAUGCACCUAUUAGGCACAAAGUGUCCAUCCUGAAUGGGUACUGCCCCAGUGACAGAUUUUGUAUUUUUCUUUCUGAGAGUGCAGGACAAGCAUAUGUCAACUGAAAACGGGCAUUCAUUUAUACUUUUCACUGUAAAUCUCAUUACUUUGAUAAUCAUCUUUAUUGUUUCAUCUAGUGGUGAUUUAUUUGGAUUAUUAUAUGGAGAUCAAGCAAUAAUUAUUCAUUGUAAAUGAGGAGGCGAUCUUAUGAUAUUAGGAUUUUGUAAGGGUACAAAAAGGCUGAAAGUCCUCCAGGUUAAAUGCCUUUGUAAUUCAAUGUUCUACCAAAGUCCUAAAUGGCAACAAACACAACACUUUCCUAAACACUGUGCACUGCCAAUUGUUUUAUUUUUAUUUAUCUAGUCCUUGUGUUGAGUGGCAGCUUAUUAACUUUAAGGGUAAACUGAUCUUACAUUAACAUUUUUAAAAAUAUAUGUUUUAUUUUUGCAUUGUUACAAAACAUGUCUAAGA